AUGAAACGAACGAAACAGCAAGACAACCAUCUAGUUCAAAUUUCAAAUAAUAAUAGAAAACAAAAAUUAGAAAAUCAAAUAACAUCAAUCAAUUCAACCAAGUCAGAUAGGGUUUAUCUUCUUGAAGAUUUAGCCAAUGAAAUUCAUUAUGAAAUAUUUGAAUAUCUUGAUUCAUAUGAUAUUUAUAAAGGAUUCUAUAAACUUAAUAAACGAUUUCAAAAUCUAACUAUUAAUUCAAAUGUUUUAACUAGAAUGAAUAUUUCAACAAUAUCAAAAUCAAAUUUUGAAGAUUAUUAUCAGAAUAUUCUUAUAGCAAAUCGGAAUCGAAUAAAAUUUCUUCGUUUAUCAAAUCCAUUUACCACUGACAUUAUUUUUCCAUCAUCACGUACUAUUUUAAAUUUUACUCGUCUUCAAAUAUUAAUUCUUGAUAACGUACAAAUUGAACAUUUUAUCAAAGUUAUUCGUCGUUCAAAAGAGUUGCCAUUAUUACAUUCAUUAACUAUAUCUCUCAUUGGUUACAAUCGAGCAUUAGAUCUUCUUUUUUUAAAUAUUUUUCGUUUACCAAAAUUAAAAUAUUGUAAAAUCGAAUAUCAAACGAAAGUUAAUGAUUAUGAACUAUUUUAUUCAACUCGAGAUGAUUCAAGUCCUAUGGAAUGUUUGAUAAUAAAUGGUCAAUUUCCAAUCAAGGCAUUUCAGAAUUUAUUAUCUCAUCUUCCUAAACUUAAACAUUUAUCAAUAAAUCCUAUUGUUUUUUCUCCUAAUUAUGUGGAACAAGAAAAAUUAUCUCAUAUUCAAUUAAAAUAUUUAAAACAUGUUUCACUUAAACUUAAUGGAAUAUCUUUUGAUCAAUUUGAAAAAAUUAUCAAAAAAUUUUUUUAUCAUAUUCAACUUCUACGUUUUACAACACGUCUUAAUGAGGACUAUUUAAAUGCUAAACGAUGGCAAGAAGUAAUAAUAUCUCACAUGCCAUAUUUACGUAUAUUUGAUAUAAAUCAUGAAGAUUGGAUAACAAAUAAGAAUUUAAAAUAUCAUGAUAUGAUUCAUCAAUUUAAUUCUUCAUUUUGGAUGGAAAAAAGAUGGUUUUUUACACAUCAACAUCUUUGGAGCGAAUCAAAUAGUGGAGUUUUUUAUUCAACCGCUCCAUAUCGACGAAAAGAUUACAUAUAUUAUCGGAUGUCUAUUAAUCCAAUAUGUUCAAAUAUCCAAAAAGAAAACUUAAAUUCAGUGACACAUCUUUGUAUUGCUAAUGAAGAAGUCGAACAUGAUUGUAUGAAUUAUUUUCCAAAUGUUAAAACAUUAUCUAUUAAAAAUGAAUUUAUAAAAUCAAGUGAUUCGACUAUUGCAACUCUUCAACGUAUGAUUCCUUUAAAGCAACUGACGAAAAUAGUUACUGAAUGUUGUAUUUUUCCAAUUGAAAACAUUAUCAAUUUAUUAUGUUUUACACCUAAUGUACAUACAUUGAAUUUGAAUUCAUUAUUAUUGUAUAAUAUUAAUAAGAAUUCAAAUAAACAAAAUGAAAUUUUUCAAUAUGUAUCAGAGAAAAAUAAAGUAAAAACAUUAGUUCUUUAUUGGAAAUGUUCAUUAAGUGACGUUAAAUUUAUAGUUGAUUUAUUUCCAAGAUUAGAAUAUUUCAAAGUUGAAAUGAACAUAAAAGAAAUCGAACAAAUAAUUCGAUUUUUAUUAUCAAAAACUCAUAAUAAAACACAAAGGACGACAGGCAUUUACACGCUAAAUAGAAAGAAACGACGUUAUUUGAAGUUACGAAUGGCUGAUACGAAGGAUAACAUUGCUACUUAUGACUACGUUGUGAUUGGAGGCGGUACAAGCGGGACGGUUGCAGCUCGACGUUUGGCAGAAGGAGAUACAAACUCUAGUGUGUGUGUUCUCGAAGCCGGUCCAAGAUUUGUUCAAGUCAUCAAUGGUCGUAUACCUGGUAAUUAUUUUUUAAGUAGGGAGAAGUCGCACGACUGGAAUUAUGAUACUGUUGCUCAGAAAGGUUGCAAUAACCGUAUUAUAAGUGCACCACGUGCUCGUUUUCUCGGUGGAUGUAGUGCAAUCAAUGGUACAUUGCUUAUUCGAGGCGCUAAAGCGGAUUAUGAUCGAAUUGCAGCCAUGGGAAAUCCAGGGUGGAGUUGGGAAGAAAUGUUGCCCUAUUUUAAGGCAUCUGAGACGUUUCAUCCAGCUGAAUGGCACCGGUCAGAUUUGACUGUUCAUGGUACCAGUGGACCAUUGCAUACCGAGCCAUAUCCACAAGCACCUAUCUCUGAAAAAGUUCUUGAAUCAUUUAUUGACAGUGGCUUUGAGUACAAACCAGACAUGUUUGCGCAGGGUGACUAUGAAGGUGUUGGAUAUCCUGUACGGACAGUUUAUAAGGGAAUUCGAAGUACAAGUGCGGACUUUGUUCAUCAUUACGAGAAAACAAACCUUAUAGUUCGAACAGAAAAGCGCGACUACAAAGCUGUCGGUGUAGAAGCCCAUUACGAUGAAAAUGGCCAACCGAUAAUCAUUAAAGCAAGAAAAGAAAUUAUUCUAAGUGCUGGUGCUUAUAAUUCUCCGGUGGUCUUAAUGCAUUCCGGUAUUGGUCCAGCAGAACAUCUAGUCGAAAUGGACAUCAAUUGUAAGGUUGACUUGCCAGGUGUAGGCAGCAAUCUUCAAGAUCAUCUGAUGGUAUAA